GCGCCCAACAUGGCUUCCACGCUAAUGUUCUGGAACAAGCAGAACUCCAACUCCAACCAAAAUGGAAACGAUGCCAAGAACACAAAAAACGGCCGCAACUGGUUGCACGCGCCAGAUGUGCUCGUCAACGGCCACGUCGCUUAUCUAGUCAAAUACCUCGGUAGCACUCCCGUGGAGAAGCCCAAAGGUAUCGAAGUCGUAAAGGAAGCCAUCCGGAGGCUGCAGUUUACACAGCAGAUGAAGAAGGCCGAGGGCGGUGGCAAUGUGAAGACGAAGAAGGUCGAAAUCACCAUCAGUGUGGACGGUGUUGCAAUACAGGAACCACGAUCGUUGACGAUCAUGCACCAAUUUCCGCUGCACAAGAUAUCUUACUGCGCGGACGAAAAGGGCGUGAAGAAAUUCUUCAGCUUCAUCGCCAAAACGGGCACCGGUGCCACGACUACGGCCUCCAUCAGCUCGGUUGACGAUACGAACAGCUCGAACAACUCCACCACCAGCAACGGUACGGAGGAUCGGCACGAAUGCUUUGUCUUCAUCUCGAACAAGCUAGCCUCGGACAUUACGCUAACGAUCGGGCAGGCAUUCGAUCUGGCGUACAGGCGCUAUGUCAGCGACAGUGGCAAAUCUCUGGAGUCGGUGAAGCUUCUCGCGCAGAAAAAACAGCUAGAACACACGAUCGCCGCCUACCGGCAACGACUGCGUGAUCUGUCCGAGCUGGUGUCAAAAGCGGAACUGGAGAAAUUGCUGUUGAAGAGUGGCCUACGAGACAUUUGCGAUGUACCGGCGCUAGAAAAUGGUGUCGAUGGCCAGAACGGCUACAACAGCAAUAAUAACAACAUUAACAGUAACAACCACAAUGUUAAUGGCAGCAAGACGCCGGAUUUGGGAAUUGAUGUCUCGUUACCGAAUAAUGACGAUCAGCUGUUGAUCGAAACGUCACCAAAACACUUUGCACCGAUCGUACCACCGAGAAACAUCCAGAAUCAGAUUAACAACACAAUAGAAGCACUGAAGCCAUCGGUCGGUACCAAGCUGGAGGGAUUGCUGCUGAACUCGGACUCGGACAGUGAUUUCGAUCCACGUGCACCAGACACCGACACGAGUAUCUCUACCGGUGGUGGCAACAAGAUCAGCAACGAUCUGUUCGGCUUUGAGCCACCGAAACCUACCAAUGCCACCCUUGGCCAGCAGCUCUUUGGCAGCGUCACCAACAAUAAUCACAAUAAUGGAUUCACCAACGGCAAUGGAGCGAUCACGAACGGAUUCGGCGCUCCGAACAGUCCUCCUCCAAUUUUGGCUCCUCCACCAGCAAAAUCCGCUCCACGACGAACGGUGCCGCAGACCAACGGAACCACCAACGGAUCCAGUGCGUACCAGGAUCUAUUCGGAUCGGUACCAUUCAAUCCGCAGGGCAAUGAUGAUUCAACAGCGUCGUUGGAAGAAUCUUCCUCCCGUGUGCUGAACGACCGCCCAUUCUCCGGCAACAUUUCGGCAAGCUCCAAACCGGGAAUCGGUUCAUUCUCGCAAGAGGUGAACAUUCUAAGCAAAAAUUCGUACCAUCUCGAUUCGAUCCUGGCGUACGGUGAGGGCGGCUACAACGGAACGAGCGCCUUUAAUGAGCCGAGCGCACCUAGUAGCACCAUCACCGGAUCUGCCACUGCUGCUGCUACUGCUUCAAAUCUGACCUCAAAAUUAAAUCCCUUCGCGGCGGCCAUCCGCAACAAUCCACUUGCGGCCGUACAGCACAAAGCUGCCGCGUACGACGUGUUCAAGAAUGCGAGCGACAAGGAACGGUUAACCACUAACACCGGUACGGUACGGUCACACCCAGCAUCGUUCGAUACGGACGACGAUGGCGAGGUGGCACACUGUGCUAACACGACGGCCCCGGCGGCCCUUGCAUCCGACACCGGUCUGACUAACCAAUCAUCCGGUGCUGCGACGAACGAACCGGCUGCCGCUUCCGAGGCACUGUUUGAAGAUUUUGCUUUAUCGGCUUUUAACGAGUUUAAGAAAGAUUUAAGCAUCAACAGUCGCAACUUGAAGCGUCAGUCCUCGUUCCAGCAGGACCGGCUCCAUAAGCCAUCGCUAGCAGGUUCACUCAAAACCAUCGGUGGUAGCCUGGGGGAUGCUAACAAUGGUGGGGCACGCUUACGCCGGGCGGGGGGUGGCCCCACGCUGCUCCAGCCCGAGUUGAAGACGACCAAGAACGGUUUCUUUAGCUCCGACGACGUGUUGGAUACGUUCGACCCGCUAAAGAAGUAA